AACUACAACCCCCACAAUGCUUGGCUCUUCGCACAUGCGCAGGGAGAAACGGCGGAACUCACUAGAUGCCGGUUUGAAAAGCGUUGACCGCCAUUAAGUAAAAAAAAAACUCGGCGCGUGGAGCGAGCUGUUAAAUUGCUUUCAAUCCGAACGGUGUUAGGAGAUGGCUUCUGAGGAUAUUUCUCAGUUGGCGGACUCUCUUGCGAAGACUCAAGUGGGUGGAGGAGAGCUGAGUUUUAAAGGCCGUGCCCUAAAGCUUGACACAACCGAGGCUGCGACUGAGAUUAUUGAAGAGAUUGAGAAAUUCGAUAAUCUACAAGCGCUCUGCUUAGAAGGCAAUACAAUUGGCGUGGAAGCCGCUAAGGCCAUUGCUAAAAGCCUUGCUGAUAAAAAGGAAUUGCAGAAAUGCCUCUGGAGUGAUAUGUUCACAGGACGCCUACGGACUGAAAUUCCACUCGCUUUGAUAUCCCUGGGCAAUGCAGUAAUGAGUGCGGGAGCCCAGCUGACACAGCUGGACUUAAGUGACAAUGCAUUUGGGCCUGAUGGAGUCCGGAGCAUUGAAACCUUGCUGAAGAGCAAAGCGUGUUACACAUUACAGGAGCUACGACUGAAUAACUGUGGCAUGGGAAUCGGCGGCGGCCAGAUUCUUGCAGCGGCACUCAGUGAGUGUCGCAGAAAUUCAAGUGCAUUGGGAAAGCCAAUGGCACUGAAAGUUUUCAUUGCUGGGAGAAAUCGUCUGGAGAAUGAAGGUGCCAUCGCACUGGCUGGUGCUUUUAAGUCCAUAGGAACCCUGGAGGAGGUGCACAUGACACAGAAUGGAAUAAACCACCAAGGCAUUACAGCAUUAGCGAAGGCCUUUACUGAAAACCCAAACCUGAGGGUUGUAAAUCUUAAUGACAACACCUUCACUGAAGAAGGAGCUAUUGCUAUGGCUGAGACACUGAAGACUCUGCAAAACAUUGAAGUUCUAAAUUUCGGAGAUUGCCUGGUGCGAUCAAAAGGAGCUAUAGCCAUUGCUGAAGCUGUAAAACAUGGCUUAAAGAAACUAAAGGAAUUGAAUCUUUCAUUUGGUGAGAUCCGGAAGAAUGCUGCAAUCACAGUGGCUGAGGCUAUGGAAGAUAAAUCUCUGCUUGAAAAACUUGAUCUAAAUGGAAAUUGCCUUGGCGAGGAAGGCUGUGACCAGUUGCGGGAAAUCAUGGACAGUUUUAAGAAGCAAGAUUUGCUGACUUCUCUCAGCGACGACGAAAGCGACGGAGACGGAGAUGAAGAUGAUGAGGAAGAGGAUGAAGCGGAGGAGGAUGACGAUGACGACGAUGAUGAUGAUGAUGAUGAUGAUGAAGAAGAAGAAGACGAAGGAGAGGAGGAAGAGGAGGAAGAACCAAGAGAAGAAGAAAAGGAGCAAGUGAUAGUAUCACCAGUUGCACUGCAAAUAAUUGAAUCAUCCAUGAAAACAAUUGGAAUCGCAACAGAACCAGAAGCUGCAACCUUCUUGGCCUUUCCAUCCCCGGACAAACUGCUUAAACUAGGGCCUAAACGUUCACAUUUGCUAUUACAACAGACCGAUCUAUCAAAUGCUGAAAAAGUUGUUCAAACAUUUCUGAAAGUAUCUGCAGUCUACAAAGAGGAUCAGGAAAUAAAAACAGCUGUACUAGAAACUGCAGAUGAACUUUUGCAGAAAGCCUUCAAGACGCCUGGAUUUCAACUAGAUCUUUUCGUCACUACCCUCUUGGUGUAUAUGGGGCUGCUGAAGAGUGAGGAAAAGAUUAAAGUGAUCAGUAAUCUGACUGGGCCUCUGACAGUCCUCAAACAAGUCAUUCAGAAAAACUACUUUCCACGUUCCAUCAUCCCUAUUUUGAGUGCAUUCCUCAAUAAGCAAAAUCGUGCUUUUGACAGCUGUCAAAAUGCCAAAUACAAUCUGUUGGAGACCAUGGCGAAUCUUUAGUACCCCGGCUGUGUCGUAAUCGGUGCACCAAGCCAAGGACAUGGACUUUAGAGCAUAUCCAUAUUAUGGAAGAACCGCCCAGCAGCUGCAGAAUGCCUCUGGCUACACAGUGCAAAAUGCUUCACCUUCUUCAUGCUACAGACUGGAUUCUUGCUUCUGUCUGGAUGGGAAAUUUAACUCAAAAGCUGUCGAGGCUUCCGUGACAACUUGCUGCAGACUCUGGCCAGUGCUUUCUUCUCAGCUAGCUGCUAAGGAAAGCAAAGUUGGAAUUAAACGUUGGUGACUGGUGGCUCAUCUUGUGUCUCCUUCUGCUGUUUUUGGUGGUGGGAGAUGGUGAGAGGAGAAUGGCCAUAUUUCCUUGACAUUCAACAAGCAUUGUUUGGUGUAACUUAAGUUGUGACCCUUUAUCAGACUCUUGGUGCUUGCUUAAAAAAAAAAAAAAAAAUCCCCUGUAUCAUAUCACGGGUUUGCUUAUCUGGAGAGAAA